ACUGUGAGAGAGAGGGGGGAGAGAGAGAGAUGUCAGGGAGCAUGAGACAGAGACGGACGGAGAAAGCGAGGACUUAUAACGAGAGUGGAGAAGAAGGAAAAAGAGAAAAGUGAAGAAGCAGCAGAGAGGGCAGUCAGAGGCCGAACUGUCACCAUCUCCUGAAGUACCGAGACUUACUUUUACACAUUGUGUAGGAUUCCACACUGCGCCUCCUCUCCUACAGCCGGAGACGUCGCACCUGUCUUGGCCAUCGUUUGCACAUGUGUUGUGUUUGGUGACCUCAGUGAACGGGACCAGUGUGAAGCAGUGUGUGUGUGUGUGUGUGUGUGUGUGUGUGUGUGGACACAACUGUGAGGAGCUGAAAGAGGAUGGGAGCCCUUCGCCUCGCUCUCGCCCUCCUCUUCCUCCUCGCCUCUCCUGCACAAGCCCAGUGGUGGAGUUUCAUCUGGGCAAACCCCAAACCCGGCUCCGACUCCUCUCCUCCCUCCGUUCGUCCCUCCAUCACCUCUCCAUCCACCACCUCCCCGGGCCCAUCUGACGCCCCGCGGACAACAGCGCAGGUGGGAGAGGGGGACGGGGUGACGGAGGAAACGGCGGAGGAGAGCACUCACACAGACGGGCCUGUUCUGGCGCCUACACCCAGGCCAGGAGCCUUCAUUUCUGGCCAUAGCACUCCAGAGGAGAACGCAGGUGGAGGCAGCAAAGCCAAGCCCCAGUACAAACCACUGAAACACUGGAAGGGUGAGCGAGGCUCGGGGGGUCAUCUGGACCUGACUGAGUUGAUCGGCGUGCCCCUCCCUCCCUCGGUCGCCUUCACUCCCGGCUAUGAGGGUUUUCCCGCCUUCAACUUCGGGCCUGAAGCCAACAUCGGCCGGCUCACCAAGACCUUCGUGCCGGGGUCGUUCUACAAGGACUUUGCCAUCAUUGUCACGGUGCGACCAGCCAGCCAAAGAGGAGGCACGCUCUUUGCCAUCACAGACGCCCGUCAGAAGGUGGUGGAGCUGGGCCUGGCCCUCACCCCUGUCCGCGGGGGCCUCCAGAGCAUCCUGUUGUACUACACUGACGCGGAGCAGGCCUCCCACAGCCACAAAGCUGCAGCCUUCAGUGUCCCGGACAUGACCGACCAGUGGACACGGUUCACGGUGGUGGUGGAGCACGAGGAGGUGCGUCUCCACAUGGACUGUGGGGAGGCAGAGAGGGCCACUUUCCUUCGGAGGCCGGAGAGACUCACUUUUUCUCACAACUCGGGCAUCUUCGUGGCCAAUGCAGGGAGCACGGGGCUCGACAAGUUUGUGGGCUCCAUUCAGCAGCUGGUGAUAAAAGAUGAUCCAAGGGCAGCAGAGGAGCAGUGUGAAGAUGAUGAUCCAUAUGCCUCGGGAUUCACCAGCGGAGAUGAUGCCCUGGACGACAGAGAGACGGAGGAGGAAAUGAUGAAGAACGCGCUGGGGAGAAAACACGGCGCGCCACAGGAAGAGGACAGUGUUCCUGUCAGAGCUCCACCCACGGAGGCUCCAGAGGUGGAGCUUGAUGAGUAUUCUGGUCACAUGACACCAACAGAGGCCAAUGGGGAAAUUCUGAUGACAGGGCCACACCGGACGGAGGAGGCAGGCGAGACCUCCGGAGACGGUCAUGUCAGGCCCGGGUCGAAAGGAGAGCGUGGAGAUCCCGGACCAGCCGGUCCACCCGGUCCCCCGGGACCGACCCCUCGACCUGGGCCUGCCCAGCCUGGACCGAGGGGCCCCCAAGGGCCAGCGGGAACGCCGGGAUCCACAGGACUGCCGGGAAAAGACGGACAGCAGGGGAGCAAGGGUGAUAAAGGAGAUCCUGGUCAGAGAGGAUCUCAAGGAUUUUCAGGUUUGGAUGGAAAAGUUGGACCCAAAGGAGAUAAGGGAGACCCAGGAAGUGGUUUACCAGGCCCUCCCGGCCUCCCCGGGCCCCCUGGACCCCCCAGAUCGCGCAGUGUACCUUAUGGAGCAGAUGCCCUGGGUUCUGGCUUUGAAGACUUGGACAGUGACACUGAACUCAUCAGGGGUCCCCCUGGUCCACCAGGGCCCCCGGGGCCUCCCGGCCUCCCUGGACCCAACCCGUCACCUGACACAGCUCAAGGCCUCUCUCCUGGUGACACCGGGCCACCUGGUGUCCCGGGUGGAGACGGGCUCCAGGGUAAACCUGGAAUACCAAUGAUUGAGGAUUGGUUUAGUGGCUCUGGGCCCGACGGGUCAGGUUUGAGCUCAGGGUCGUUCUCUGACCUCAGCUCAGGCCUCGGCUCCGGCUUCAGUUCUGGGUUCAGCUCUGAAUCCGGUUUCGCCUCUGAGUCUGGGCUUGUCUUCGCGUCUGCUUGGGGUUCGGGCGAGGGUCCGGCAGGAAAAGAUGGGUCUCCAGGUCUACAAGGAGCUGGGGGAGAGAAGGGCGACCAAGGGUUACCUGGGCUACCCGGACCAAAGGGUGAAUGUGGCUCUCUGGGCACAGCAGGACCCCCGGGGCCCCAAGGGCCCAGUGGCCCUCAGGGGCAGAGAGGCCCAGCAGGUCCCCCAGGACCACCUGGACCCUCAGGAGCUGCAGGGACUAAAUUCUUCAUGGAGGAUAUGGAGGGAUCCGGGAAGAGUGACAUGCUCAUCGGAGCUGGAGUCAGAGGCCCACAGGGUCCCCCCGGCCUACCUGGCCCACAAGGACCUAAGGGGGAGGACGGAUCUCCAGGGAUCUCAGUCAAGGGUGAACCAGGGGACCCAGGAGCAGAGGGUCUGCAGGGUCCUGCUGGACUACCAGGUGCCAGGGGGGCCAAAGGAGAAAAGGGAAGUUCAGGACCCAAGGGUGAUCAAGGUGUUAAUGGACUCAGCAUCCCAGGACCACCUGGGCCUCCUGGACAGCCUGGACCUAUCAUUAAUCUACAGGAUCUUCUCCUCAAUGUGACCAACUUCACGGAGAUCAGGGGACCACCGGGGCCCAUGGGCCCUGAAGGUUUGCCGGGCAGAGCUGGAUUUCCUGGCCCCAGAGGACCAAAGGGAGACCUCGGCCCUCCAGGUAUCCAGGGGCCAGCAGGGUUCAAGGGAGAAAAGGGAGAGCCAGGAGUCAUCAUUGCUGCUGACGGAUCUCUCUUAUCCGCACCCAGAGGCCCCCAGGGGCCCAAAGGCAUCAAGGGCGACCGUGGGUUCCCGGGAUCAACCGGAGUCAUGGGCCCGAUAGGACCAACUGGACAAAAAGGAGAGUACGGCUUCCCCGGUCGUCCGGGUCGACCCGGUUUGCCUGGAAGGAAAGGAGACAGAGCAGAUUCUGCCGGCCUGCCGGGACCACCAGGUCCUCCGGGCCAACCUGGACUUCCAGGAAGAAUUCUUGGUCUAAGUGGAACAGUGUUCCCGGUGCGCCCCAGACCGCACUGCAAACAGGGACGAGAGUCAUCGACCAGGGGAGAUUCAUUUGGAGCAAAAGGUGACAAAGGAGACGAGGGACUACCUGGAGAACCAGGCACGCCUGCGCCUGGAUUUCCGGAUGGAAUUGUGGGAGCGAGAGGCGAUCAGGGCGAUCAAGGUCAGAAGGGAGAAAAGGGCGACGGUGGGGUGCCGGGGCCUCCAGGACUGCCUGGCAGGUCAGGACUUGUGGGUCCAAAGGGGGAAUCCCUUGUGGGUCCUCCGGGUCCGGUAGGUUCUCCUGGCGCACACGGAGCCCCCGGGUUAGGGCGACCUGGACCCCGAGGCCCACCCGGCCCUGCUGGACCCCCAGGACCUGCACCUCCGUAUGGAUCUGGUUCAUCUGUCAGCAUCCCUGGCCCUCCUGGUCCUCCCGGUCAGCCUGGAUCUCCAGGACACGGCAACUUAGUGACCACCUACAAAACAACCAACGCUCUGACCAGAGAGAGUCAGCGGGCGGCAGAGGGAGCCCUGGCUUACGUGUCUGAGCGGGGAGGCGAGCUGUACGUCAGGGCACGGAAUGGCUGGCGCAAGAUCCAGCUUGGGGAAAUUCUUUCCGCACCUUCCUCCUCAGCGGCGUCUCAGGCGCACAGCACACCUGGAGAAUGGAGCAGACCACACAGGAGCCACAGCCAGGAGCUGCAUGAGGGCAGUAGAGGAUAUCAGCCCAGCUAUAAUGCACUACCGCAGACCUUCAACGCUGUUCCUGGGCUCCAUCUGGUUGCGCUGAACGCCCCUCUGAAAGGGGAUAUGCGCGGUAUCCGGGGGGCAGACUUCCAGUGCUACCAGCAGGCGCGCUCCAUGGGGCUAACGGCCACGUACCGGGCCUUCCUGUCCUCACACCUCCAGGACCUGGCGACCAUUGUGAGGAAGGUGGACCGCACUGACAUGCCAGUGGUAAAUCUCAGGGGGGAAGUGUUGUUCAGCAGUUGGAUGUCCAUCUUCUCUGGGAAUGGAGGCUCAUUUAACCCAUCCACACCCAUCUACUCCUUUGACGGACGCAACGUUUUGACUGAUUCAGCAUGGCCAGAGAAGCUGGUGUGGCAUGGCUCCAGCAUGGUGGGCAUCCGUCAGCCCAACAACUACUGCGAGGCGUGGAGGACGGCCGACGUGGCGGUGACGGGCCAAGCCGCCCUGCUGCAGACGGGACGACUGUUGGGGCAACACAGCCGCUCAUGCUCCAACCACUACAUCGUGCUGUGUAUAGAGAACACAUAUGUGGGCAACAUGCAUCCAAGGAGGACCUAAGGACACACACACACACACACACACACACACACACACACACACACACACACACACACAUGCAGGCAUGCUGAAAGUAGAAAAUGUGAACGUGGUGCACAUGAAAGGGGAAACACAUGCAGGCACAUACACACAUGAUAUACACUCACAUAUGAACAAAAAACAACAACUUUAUUUUCCCAAAAACAUUUUACCACUAAGUUCUUGUCUCUAAUUGUUGAAACUACAGAUAUUACAUCCCUAUUGAAGAUAUUGAAACAAAUGAAUAACUAAAAUGAACCAAGGCACGUUGAUGCUUUGCCUGCAAAUAGAAGAGAGAGUGCACAGAUAAUAUCGAAGACUUGACCCAUUUCCACAAUAUUAAACAUUGUCCACUCACCACCAGCUCUGUUCACCCAUUUAUCAAUGAUUAUUGUCAGUUCCACGAUGUUAAAAGUAUUUUUUCCCCUCGUGUUUUCUACUGAACUUCAUUCCUGCUGCCUGUGACCUGAACUAGUCUCAACAUUGACGUCUGUGCUUUAGCAUUAGAGUUGAAAUCAAACGUAUUAAUUUCAUUAAUUUAUACCGUAGCAGGACAUAGUGUGAAAAUCGAGUGAGAUCACGUUCAGAUUUUGAAAGAUGUUGGACCACGUGUAUAUAAAUAUAUAUAUAUAUUUGUGUUAUUUUUUUGUGGCCUGAAUGUUUUUGUUUUUUUUACAAUGUAGAGGUAGAUUUAGGGUUUUUCUCUCACCAAUGCGUCGACUGAGAUGUACUCCCGGUCCUGUAAAGAUGAUGUAGGCCUGGCGUGUGAAAUGUUUUGGUUUUCAAAGGAGUGUUAGUCUUCCUGAUGUCCGACUAUGAUUUUUUCUGUUCAAACAACACUUAGACCUUCUGAGAAAAGAGAACAUUUGUACUGACUUGACUGGUGCUCACGGAAAAUAAAGUCUUUCUUACUUUGUGUUUUUUAA